AUGAUCGCGCCAGACGUGGCUGCUGCUGCCGCGGCAGGGCGAGUUCCCAAGGGCCUCAGUCUCGAAUAUCUGAGCCAGAACCACACUCGCCAGUACGCAAUCAGCAUCAUCUGCAUCACCGUGGUGACCUUUGUCGUCGUUUCUCUCCGGAUCACCUCACGGUUAUUCAUCCUCCGAAGGUUCGGCCUGGACGACAGCUUGGCCAUCGCCUCCCUAAUCCUCAUGGUCCCCUUCUCCGCCCUGUGCAUCCUCCUCAUGGCCCACGGCUCCGGGCGGCACUACGCCUACCUCCUCUACGUGGCCCCCCGGUCCGACAUCCGCCUCAUCCAGACGCUCGACUUCAGCGCGGGCAUCGUCUACGUCACCUGCCUCCUCCUCUGCCGGCUCUCCGGGCUGGCCUUCUACCACCGCGUCGUCGACGUGCACCCGAGCUUCCUGCGCGCCAUCCGCGGGUUCGCCGCCCUCUUCGGCGCCAGCUUCCUCGCGCAGCUGUGCCUCAUCGUCUUCCACUGCUGGCCCGUGACGAGCCUUUUCCCUUACCGCUGGGAGACCGACCACGGCGAGUACGCGUGCAUGGACUGGGGCGUGCUGCACGCCGUCGUGUCGGCGCUGUCGCUCCUGUGCGACGUCAUGCUGUUUGGCAUCCCCGUCGCGAUCCUGUCGAUCCUCAAGAUGAGCCGCAAGAGGAAGGUCCAGCUGGCUGGCAUUCUCAUGCCGGGCGUACUUGUCAUCGGCAGUUCCGUCGCCCGCCUGGUCUUCAUCAUCGACUGCCACUGGCUGCACCACGACCACUCCUGGAAGUACGACCCCCUCCUCAUCACCGAGGUCUGCGAGAUGGGCGGCACCCUGGUCGCCCUGUCCGUCCCCGGCCUCAAGCCCAUGUGGGACAGGCGGCGGCAGUGGAAGGACAUCGUCGUCUCGUCGGGCGGCGCGAGUGACGUUGAGAGCGGAGGCGGCGGCGGCGCCAUGCGCCGUCAGUCCAGCGCCGGUGUUGGGCCGCCGGGGCCGCCGGUCGUGCCGCCGAGACCGCAUCGACUCCGACGAGAUGGCACUAGCUUUUCGAAUAUGGCACAGCUCGGUGUCGAAAGCCGAAUGCCAAAGACUGAGACUACAUCCAGUGACGGCUCAAGAGGAAGCAAAGACGCCAUUCUAGCCCCCGAGUCGGAAAAGGGCUGA